GUUUGGGUAAAGAAAAUGUCUACAAACUCUCCCCCUAAAGGGUCUGAAUAGUUCAGGGUUUUAAUUAAAAGCCUAAUGGUUUAUUGAUCCAGUGUCCCUUAUGUGCAUUUCAUUGGCAUAUUGGAGACUUUAAAUACUAAGCUGUGGCUGAAGCCUAAACUCAUUGAAAACCAAUAAAUCAUUGAAAUGUAUCCUGAUUUUGGUUUAUCAAGUGUAACUAAAAGCCUACACACUAAACUGAACAUUGUUGCUCUUUAAUCUCCAAAAGCACAUCUUUUCCAUAAGAUGUUUCAGUAUUUCAAAUGUGAGUAUAAAAGGGGAAAACUCAAAACCCUAAAGGAGAGUACCAGAAAAUAUGAAGACAUGCCUUGUAAAAGGUUUUUGUGGUCCGCACAUAAUUAACAAUUGGUAAAUGGCAAUAGGAUUGACAUUUUCUACUUACACAUCAGUGAUUUGAUUUUCUCUGGAAGUGAAGGCAGCCAGUGGUGGAAGGAAUCUCUCGUGCUCUCCGCCUCUCAUGAUAAAUUGGGAGGCUGGCUUUGUGCAAGGAGUUUGACAGGAGGGGAUGUGCUGCAGAAAGAUUUCCACCAUUUCAUCUUAGAAGAAUGGGCACCUCAAAGACCAUGCACGCACUCUCCAAAGGCUUGCUCUAUCAGUGAGAGCCCACGUCACAAACCGGAGGAUUACACUAUGGGAACAGAUGGGAAUUCUAUAACAUAGCCAAACCAGUUGGACGGCUGUUUAAAAAAAUGGCUGCUACAGCACAGCAUCUGUCUAAUCGCUGAGGAGGUCCACGUGUAAGGGAAAAACAUUUUUUUUUUGAAGAGGGUGGGCAGUGCAGGUUUCUGUUUAAUCCCAUGCCUGCCCCCAGAAAAUUUCUGGUGGCGUCCACCUCGCUGCCCCUGUCACUGGGCUGGGGCUGGAACUUGAGCUUAUAUGUGGGGAUUCUCCUCGGACUCCUGACCCUCAUGAUGCUUCUUCUGUGGAUGCUCCUCAGGCAGCUGAAGAACUCGGAGGGAAAAUCCACGCUGCAACCCAUCCGCUCUUUCAGACCACCUCACUUUGAACAGAGGCUCCAGUAUAUGAUGUGAAAAAUGGAGUGCUUGGACAUGCUUUUGCAGAUUCAUUGAGUGUAAGACAACACGGCAAGAGGAUGAGGAAGCGCAUCUUGUCAGCUCUCCCCUGUGACCACAGCCUCCACGGGAGCCAGGAGGAGUUUUAGGGGCCUGCAAAUAAAGAGCUCCUACCACAGAUCACCAGCAAGGAGAAAGAAGAAAUCCAAUAGUUGUUUACAGCGUUUGUCUUCCACUAACACAAGGGAUGGCGUACAGAGGCAGUGUGAGACCUUUUGUCAACUUCAACGCCAAACAUGAUGCUGAAGUCCUUCAUAAAGCCAUGAAAGGAAUCGGUACGGAUGAAGAUGCAAUCCUCAUGCUUCUGACAGCACGCAGCAACAAUCAACGCCAGGAAAUUAAGGCAGCGUACAAAAAGGCCUAUGGAAAGGACUUGGUCAGCACAUUGAAAUCAGAGCUUGGUGGCCUGUUUGAGAACCUGAUUGUGAGCUUGAUGACACCACCUAUCUCAUAUGAUGCUUCCCAACUGCACAAGGCUCUCAAGGGCGCCGGUACUGAUGACAACGUGCUGAUUGAGAUCCUGGCCUCCAGGACCAGCGAAGAGAUUAAAGAUAUCAUCAAAGUGUACAAGAAAGAGUUCAACGGCAAGCUGGAGAAAGAUAUCUGCGGUGACACCACAGGGCACUAUCAGAAACUACUGGUGAUCCUCCUGCAGGGCGACAGGGAGGAGGGAGUAGACGAGGGAAAGAUCGAGAAAGACGCUAAGGACUUGCACGCUGCUGGUGAGGGCAAGUUUGGCACAGAUGAGGAAACAUUCAUCACAAUUCUUGGCAACAGGAGCGCAGAGCAUCUUAGAAAAGUGUUUGAUGCCUACAAGAAGCUCUCUGGCUCUGACAUAGAGGACAGCAUUGAAGGAGAGACCACUGGGAAUUUGGAGAACUUACUGCUAGCAGUUGUCAAAUGUGCCAGGAGUGUUCCAGAUUUUUUUGCUGAACUCCUGUAUAAAUCUAUGAGGCGCGCUGGAACUGAUGACGACACUCUGAUGAGAAUAAUGGUGUCGAGGAGUGAGGUGGACAUGUUGGACAUCAGAGCCAGCUUCAAAAAGAAAUAUGGAGCCUCUCUUUACACCACUAUCAAGGAGGACACAGAUGGAGACUACCAGAAGGCUCUACUUUACCUCUGUGGUGGGAAUGAUUAAUACUGUUUUAUGAUGUGUUUAGCAGCACUGAAUGAUGAGCUGCCACGUUGCUGUGAGACAAAGCUACAAAUGAGAUAAGGAUAUCGAUCCAGAGUUCGUUCUAACUUUAGCUUGCUAUUGAUUAAGUUAGUGUGAAUUACCCAUUUAUUAUUUUGACUUAUGACAAUAUAUUCUGCAUGAACAAUAGUUAGAGUGCUUUCACUUAGAAGUUAAAUAAAUAUUUGUUUAAUAUUAGAUAUAGUUUAAACAGAAAACCACCACAAUAAUGAUUACAGGUGCAGCUUUGGUUAAUAGUAGCUAUGUUUGAAGUACUUAUGUGGUUAUUUUUAAACACUUGUUUUGCUUCAGUCAUAUGGCCUUGUGUGUUGUCAAAUUUACAUACGAUGUAAGUUGUUACCUAAUUUGUGCACAGUGCUCAUGGCAUAUGUUAAAUGCAACUUAGAAAAUACAACACUGCAGCUGAAUAAUUAAACCCUACAUGUUGACAGCGGUCCCACUCAUUAAUUACAAAUUAACUGCUGAUCCAGACUCGUAUUGCAGUGCAGCUGUCAGUGAUCAAUAAGUAAUAGGACACUAAUACACAUUUGUUGACUCAUAUAAAUAUAUCUACUGCCUCCAUGUCUUUCUUUAUGAAGGAGCAUGAUGUCAAACAAAUUGGGUCCUUAGAUCAAUAGAUGGAAACUGACUUUACUUUGCUGGAGUUGUACCAGAGGGUGGCAGCAAAGUCUGAGAUCAGUAGACUGUUUCUCCACAUGGUUUUCAUUCACAGUGACUUAAGAAAUUGAAAUACCAUACAAUUUUUUGUGAAUGUGAAGUUGUGCUAUUUCAAUAGCUAAAGUAUUUAUAUUUUUCACAAACAAAUUCCAAAAUUCAAGUGCCCAGCAUUCAAAAACUGUAUUGAUUUUGGUUGGUGUUUUAUUUGACCUUAGCUUUAUUAUGUAUUAUUUUCUUAUCAUAAGAUUUUAGAUUAACUGUUUGUUUUUCAUUCACUUGAACCCCUGAACCAUCAAAGUAAAAAUGUUUUCCCACGCUAUUUCACUUAAUUUAAGUAAUAUGAAUGUUUGUCUUAUGGUCUUGUGGAUCAUUUUAUGUGUCUAUGUGAUUCAGCACAUUCAGAUAUAUUUUAUAUCUUGGGAACCUUUCAAUCUGAACUAGAAUUUAAAAUAAAGUUCA